CUCGACGCCCUGUCCAGCCUGAGCGUCCAAGCAGGCUGUGCGAUCUUAGCAUGUCGAGCAGUGGUGCAUACGAGGCCGAACGAGAGCGCCUGAUCCGUCUGAUCUCAGAGAACCUGGGACGGACGUUGACGUCGUUCAACACGCUCAAUCGCUCUGUCGAAGCCGUCACGCUCGUCGGCAAUCAGUUUGAGAGCGUGACAACAUUAUGGCAACAAUUUGAGGACACGAUGGCACACCCACUGGCAGACGACGCGACAAAGAUGCCCGUUGAACAGCCAAAUCUCAAGUCGUCCAUCAGAUCCCAAUCUCAGACUGAUCUGACACUGCCGACUGGCGUUGCACCCGGUGGCGGAGAACGCUAUCUCAGUUGAAGGCGCGGGUCUGCCUCGCUUGACGAGUGAGGAGGCUACGCGAGAAGCGACACACGGACAUCCCAGUGCACUGCUCGCUAGCGUUCCGAGUAGAACUUGGCGCGAGUGCAUUUGAUCUAGCCAGCCUUUCGAAACAUAGCGUGUGCGAUGUCGGUUGCAUAGCCGUGCAAAGGCGGCAUGUCGAGGCAGAAUGGCGGUAGCCACGGUGUCAUCGCCUCCGCCAUCGCUUUUGCAAAAUCUUCGUAGGAUCGUCCGGGGCGGUUGUCCAAGACGAGCAAGGAGUAAGCAUCAUGGAACUUGCGCAUGAAACGCGCUGUUGUGGCUUCCUCGAGCGUAUGCAUCAUGCCUUUUACGCCCACCUUUGCUUCGACCGUCCACUUUGCAAAGCUGCGCUGACGCAUCGACGGACCAGCUCGCACGCGAGUCAUCCAGAGCGAAUUGACUGUUGGCAGCGUGAUCGAGCGAACGGACGGAUGUUCACAGACAAUCUCGAAUUCUCC